CGUGGGACCGACUCCCGCCGCCGCGGCCGCCUUCGUCUUUCUCUGUCUCGACUGAGGUAGCCAUCUUGCUCUUGCCGCGUGCUGGUGUUGGAGGACCCUCCUUGCUUCAGAUUUACCAACAGCAUGAAUCAAGAAAAGUUAGCCAAACUUCAGGCUCAGGUCCGGAUAGGGGGCAAGGGUACAGCGCGCAGAAAGAAGAAGGUGGUACAUAGAACAGCUACAGCUGAUGACAAAAAACUUCAGAGUUCUCUAAAAAAACUGGCUGUGAAUAAUAUAGCUGGUAUUGAAGAGGUGAACAUGAUUAAAGAUGAUGGGACAGUUAUUCAUUUCAACAAUCCCAAAGUCCAAGCUUCCCUUUCUGCUAACACCUUUGCGAUUACUGGCCAUGCUGAAGCCAAACCAAUCACAGAAAUGCUUCCUGGAAUAUUAAGUCAGCUUGGUGCUGACAGCUUAACAAGUCUUAGGAAGUUAGCUGAACAGUUCCCUCGGCAAGUGUUGGAUAGCAAAACACCAAAACCAGAAGACAUUGAUGAGGAGGAUGAUGAUGUUCCAGAUCUCGUAGAAAAUUUUGAUGAGGCAUCAAAGAAUGAAGCUAACUAAAAUUUUUUCUGGUUUUUGGAAGCUGGCAUGGACUAGAUUUAACGAAUCAGCUAUGUGGUUCCAAAGUUUUACAGACACGGAGAACAUCAGCUGUUACUAGUUCAGUAAUAUAAAUAUUUUGUAUAUUAAUAAUGCUGUUUGUUCAGCAUUUUUCGAUCAUUUGAUUUUGCAUUUUGCACUUCCUCCCAGGAUCUAUUCUUUUGGUCAAAAUACGAAGUGUUGGUGCAGUUUGAGGGUGUUUUGGGUUUUGAUUCUUGGUUUUUUUGUUUUGUUUUUUGUUGGGGUAUUUUUAGUGUGUGUAUGUGUAUGUAUGUGUGUGGGUAUGUGUGUAUACAGUGGAGAGCAAAUUGGAAAACAGUUUUAUUUAUCCUCCUCCUUACCCCAGUAGAAAUAAAACAAAUCUUUACAUUUGUUACUUUUUAUUUUUUCUAAUGAUGCACAGAAUUAAUGAAAAGUGAGUAUCUUGGAUUUCAAAUCAGGAGAUUUUACCCUUGGAGGUUUGGCUUUAAUUUGCUUCGUUAACAUAUUUCUCAUACAUUUUUCUGGGUUUAAAAUGUCUUGAGAUAUUUUGUCACCAGCUUCAUGCUGGCAUAAUGGGUAGCAUAUCUUUGGUGCAGUUGCCUUAGAUUCACUUACCUAGUUAGACCCAGAGGAAUUUCUUCUACUAGUUUUUGUCCUAAAUGCCUUGUUUUCUCCCCUUUUGGUCUCUAAAUGGCCUGGUUAGCCUUUAGUAAUGCUCUUCCUCAUCUUCCAUCUAGCCUGAGAAGGAUGUUCUCCAUAUAGAGUUAAGUGAGUGCCUAAUCCCUCUUUUUGUAAGAUUGUUCCCACAUCUUGAGGAACAACAGCUCCAUCUUCAACUUCUUAUUCUUUUGAUUUUACAGUUUGGUAGAUUUCAAACUGGAAUAGCUAGCAUGUGCUUGCUAAAUAAUUUUAUGCCAGCCUUAUCCUGUAUCCUAGCUGUUCUUAAUAGCAGGUGCAAAAAUGCCUCUUUUUCAGCAAGGUUGAAAUUGGGAAUGUCCUUUUGAAUCAGAAAAAAUGGGCCAUAGACUCAUUCCCCAGCACAAAUGGGCAUUCUAUGAAAUGGUACUGGCCCCAGGAGGAUUUCUUCAACCACUCCUCUACUCUUGGCCUUGAACCUACCUCUGGAUUGGAUCUUACUAUUGUAGCUGCUCAUAGCA